UAAAGUUGAUCUCGGGGCCAUCGUGAAGGAAACUGAAUCGGGGAGAGCAGGCGCAACGCAACGCAACGCCGCCGGUCCCCUCAAGGCUCUGCCGCAGUGCUGCCCGCCGCCCGCCUCCACCCAGCCACACGCCACGUCCUCCGCUGGCCGGCUCCCCGGUUCCCGCAAGCCCCGCCCGCUAGGUCAGGGAGUCGCGCUCGCCGUCAGCCCACCGCGGCAGCGCAGGCUCGCCGUCCGGGUGUCCGGCUGUCUCCCGUCGCCGACUCGUCGUUUCCUCCGACUGUCCGACUCCCCAUUAAAGUCCACUGUCCACCUCAAAUCACCAAUCGGAAUUUUUUUGGCCUAAACUCUUUGGCCCGGGGCAGAUGGACCAACAUCACCCGCCGCAGUACGGGGAUCCUUACCGGGCGCUGGUGCCGUCCCCGCAGCCCGACCAUCUCCAUGCCCUCCAAUACCAGCAGCCGCAGCCUCAGCAAGUAACACCGCUGCCGCAGCAACAGCAUCACUCUUCGCUUGCAUCCCACUUCCACCUUCUCCACUUGGUGACAAGGUUAGGUGAUGCCAUUGGAACAGGCACAAGGGAUCAAACUUUUGAUGCACUGGUUGAAGAAUUGACAAGUCAAUUUGCCAGGUGCCAACAAUUAUUGAACUCCAUAUCCGGAACACUAAGCUCGAAAUCUAUUACGGUUGAAGGACAACAGCAAAGUUUAGAAGAAACACGGCAGCUUCUCGAUCAAAGGAAGGAUUUGAUCACAAAAUACAGAAGCUCAGUGGAGGACCUGCUUAAGGGGGAUACAACAAGGUAGGAACACUGCAAUGACUGCUAUUUGGUUAUUCUCAGAAUGUUCAGAUGGAGCUCCCCACUGCCCAAUAGCAGUCUGUUAUCAUGCAAACGAGCAAGUAGUCCACACGCGUAUGUGCUUUUGUUUGAGGUUUAGGCACAGUCCAUUCUCAUACUCAGUUCAUCUCAAAUGGGCAAGCAUUGGAAAUGGAAACCACUAUAAAUAAAAUCAUGCCAGCAAUGUCAUGAAUCUUUAGCCUGAGAUUCAGUGUAAUGAUAAAUUUCGCACAUAAGAAUCUGGGGACAACCCUGAUCAGUUGGAUUAUUACGAAAGUAUUUAACUGUCUUAUCAAAUACUCUCUUCAUUCCAAAAUGUAAGGCGUGUGAAACUUUGUUGACUGUAUUAAGUUUGGCUAACAACAAUGCUAAACCGCUCCGUUACUGUACCAUGUCCGCUUCCGAUAUUAUACAUCACAUUCUAUAUU